AUGUUAUUCCAUGGACUACUUAUUUAUUUUAGCCUGGCAAGGGGGGAAAAUUGCCAUAUUCUGGAAAACCCUGAAUAUCCUCUGCUGUCAAAAGAUGGAGAUGUGAUAAUUGGAGCUAUCUUUUCAAUAUUUAUACCAGAUUGUACACAGAUGGAGUCACUGACAUAUACUGAAAAACCACAACUCUUAAUCUGCAUUAGAUUUAACCUCAGUGAAUUCCGCUUUGCCCAGACCAUGAUUUUUGCAAUUGAUGAAAUCAACAGAAGCAACACCUUGCUCCCAAAUAUCUCAGUUGGUUACAGAAUUUAUGACAAUCGUCUCUCAAGAUUGCUAUCUAUGAAGGCAGCCAUGGCUUUGAUGAAUGGUUUGGGAAUGAACGCAGAUGCCAGUUGCUCCGGACAAGCAAUUGUACAGGCUAUAAUAGGGGAGUCAGAGUCAUCUCCUACUAUAGCACUCACAAGAAUUACAGGUUCUUUCAAGAUCCCAGUGGUAAGUCAUGCUGCCACAUGUGAUUGUUUGAGCAACAGAAAAGAGUACCCUUCUUUCUUCAGGACCAUAGCAAGCGACUACUACCAGAGUAGAGCAUUAGUAUAUUUGGUCAAGCACUUUGGCUGGUCUUGGGUUGGAGCUGUGAACAGUGAUAAUGAUUACGGAAAUGAUGGAAUGGCCAUUUUUAUAAAUGCAGCGAAAGAGGAGGGCAUAUGUGUUGAGUACUCUGAGAAGUUUGACCGGUCAGAUAUCGCAAAAAUUAUAAAAGUGGUAGAUAUUAUCAAGACAGGAACAGCCAAAGUAAUUGUCAUAUUUCUUACCCACUUUGAUAUGAAAAUUCUAAUGAGCCAGCUUAUUCUAAAGAAUGUUACUGGCUACCAGAUGAUUGGUGUUGACGGAUGGAUUACUUCUGUUGACCUAGUAACACCAGGAACUUUCAACAUACUGGCUGGAUCCAUUGGUUUUGCUGUAGAGAAAUUGAAGAUUGAUGGUUUUUCUAACUAUGUCACAAAUGAAUUCUAUCAUUCAGCAAUUCCUUGUUUGCAUGAAAAGGGUACAUUUUCUCAUUUAGGAAACAACUGCAGCAAAUAUAAAGACAUUAUUAAAAUUCAAAAUUACACACAAGAUUUAUCAGAACUGAGAUAUUCAAAUAACAUUUACAAUGCAGUUUAUGCUGUGGCACAUUCUUUGCACAGCCUUUUAAAGUGCACACAAAACCAGAGUUGUGAGAAGGACAAAAUAAUUCAGCCAUGGCAGGUUCUUGAGUCUCUAAAAAAGAUAAAUUUUACCACUAAAUUCGGAGACCGUGUUUGGUUCGACAGUACUGGGGCAACAGCUGCAAAGUAUGAGGUAAUAAAUUGGCAACAGGGACUAAAUGGGCAAGUGAAGUUUCAGGUUGUGGGUUACUAUGAUGGUUCUUUGCCAAGAGGACAACAGUUUGUCUUAAAUGCUGAAAAUAUAGUCUGGGCUGGAGAGAAAGGAGAGCCAAGGUCUGUGUGCAGUGAGAGCUGUCCUCCGGGCACCAGAAAAGCUACACAGAAAGGAAGACCUGUUUGCUGUUAUGACUGUAUACCAUGUGCAGAGGGAGAGAUCAGUAAUGAAACAGAUUCAAAUAACUGUGAGCAGUGUCCAGAAGAAUUUUGGUCUAAUUCUGACAAAGAUAAAUGUGUGUUGAAAAUUAUAGAGUUUAUCUCAUUUACAGAGGUUAUGGGCAUAGUACUGGUAGCUUUUUCCUUAGUUGGAGCUGUAUUAACUGUGUUAGUAGCUAUUUUAUUUCUAAUAGAAAGAGACACUCCUAUUGUUAGGGCAAACAAUUCUGAACUGAGUUUCCUGCUGCUGUUCUCCCUGACUCUGUGUUUCCUCUGUUCAUUAACCUUUAUUGGACGGCCCUCUCAGUGGUCCUGUAUGCUGCGUCACACAGUGUUUGGGAUCACCUUUGUCCUUUGUAUCUCCUGUGUUUUGGGGAAAACUGUAGUUGUGCUAAUGGCUUUCAGGGCUACUCUUCCAGGCAGUAAUGUCAUGAAAUGGUUUGGGCCUCCACAGCAGAGACUCAGUGUACUUGCCUUAACUUUUGUACAGGUCCUUAUUUGUGUGCUUUGGUUAAGAGUUGCACCUCCUUUUCCCUACAAGAACAUGAAUUACUACAAGGAAAAGAUCAUAUUAGAAUGUAACAUAGGCUCAACUAUAGGAUUCUGGGCUGUGCUGGGUUAUAUAGGUGUUCUGGCUUUAAUGUGCUUUGUUUUGGCUUUUUUUGCUCGAAAGUUGCCAGAAAAUUUUAAUGAAGCUAAAUUUAUCACAUUCAGCAUACUCAUAUUCUGUGCCGUGUGGAUCACCUUUAUUCCAGCCUAUGUCAGCGCUCUUGGAAAAUUUACUGUAGCUGUGGAGAUAUUUGCUAUUUUGGCCUCUAGUUUUGCUUUACUAUUUUGUAUCUUUACACCUAAAUGUUAUAUUAUUCUGUUCAAACCUGAACUGAACACUAAGAAAAAUAUGAUGGGUAAAAUGGCAUCUAAAUCAUUUAGAGAAAAAAGAAGCUUUGGGAGGGGAAAGAUCAACGAGAAUGGCCAGAGACUGCUUGAGCUUUCCUGCCACCAUGGCCUGUGCGUGACUAACACCUUCUUCAAGUGCAAAGAGAUCCAUCAGGCGUCAUGGAGGCACCCGCGCUCCCGCCACUGGCACCAGCUUGACCUCGUCAUCACUAGAAGAGCAAACAUUGGCAGCGUCCUUCUCAUCCGUAGUUACCAUAGUGCAGACUGCGACACAGACCAUGCCCUCGUGGAAAGUAAGGUGCGCAUAACACCGAAGAGAUUGCACCACUCAAAGAAGAAGGGUCGUCUACGCAUCAACAGCAGCUGUGCCAGCAACCCCGAGAAAAUCCAGCAAUUCACCAGCAGGCUGGAAGAUGCUCUCAGAGUGGGAGUGACAGCAGAUGACAGCAUCGAUGCCAAGUGGCCACGUCUCCGCGACGCCGUGUAUAACUCUGCCAUUAGUGCCUAUGGAAAGAAAGAGAGAAAGACCCCCCCCCCCCCACCUCCAAGACAGGUGAUGUUAUCACUGACCAGGAAAAGGAAAUGCAGCGAUGGACCAAGCACUACCUCGAGCAGUACGCAACGCUGA